CCUCCCAGCCUCAUACUGUAGCACAGCAUCAGACUCCUGUAGCCCGGCUUUCUCCCUCCCUCCCUCUCUCUCUCUCUUCCUCGCUCUCCCUCAUCUCAUUGUUUCAGAGUAGGCCAAAUCUGAAGUCCUUUCCAGGGAGUGGCCCUGUUCAUCUUACUCUCCAGCCAAAGUGGAACAGAGUGAGAAGGAGAGAGACACAUUCAACGACCAAAGGACUCGGUGGAAAGAGCAGAGAACCAUAAACAAUAUGCUGCUUUUGGGACCCAAAGUGCUGCUGUUUCUCACUGUACUCAUCAUUCCCUCUGACUGGACACCCCUAGGGGUCAACAGCCAAAGAGGAGAUGAUGUGACUCCAGUGACUCCAGAGACAUUCACAGAAGAUCCUAAUCUGGUGAAUGAUCCUGCUACAGACGAAACAGUUCUGGCCGAUAUCAAGCCUCCCACAGAUGAGCUGGCCUCACCCAAUAAAAAUACCACCACAGAGUGCCGGGAUGAGAAAUUUGCCUGCACAAGACUCUACUCUGUGCAUCGGCCAGUGAAGCAAUGCAUCCAUCAAUUAUGCUUUACCAGUUUACGGCGUAUGUACAUCAUCAACAAUGAGGUCUGCUCCCGUCUCGUCUGUAAAGAGCAUGAAGUUAUGAAAGAUGAACUUUGCCGUCAGAUGGCUGGUCUACCCCCAAGGCGACUCCGUCGCUCCAGCUAUUUCCGCCUUCCUCCCUGUGAUGAUGUGGACUUGCAGAGACCCAGUGGUCUGUGAUGUCAAGGAAGAGGAAAGAAAGAAUGUGUGGGUGGGAGGGAGAGAACGCUCUAAGAGGGAACUUCUUGUCCAACCAUUGUCAGCCAACCCAUAGACAUGAGUAUUUCUUAAACCAAUCCCAUCGCAAUGUCUAGCUUUUGCCCCUACUUCUUGAUUUUCAUCCAUUUAUCUCAUUUUUCAGUACUUAAAAUAGUCUAUAGUAUUGCAUGGUUUUGCUGCUUCCCCAUAUCAUAGACCUAGUGGAUAUACCAUGUGGCUUAGAUACAAACAUUCUACAUACAAUUUCAAGGGAAAAUAAACUUCAAUAAAAUUAUUAAAAAUAAUAAUUAACUACUGAAUCUGUUUGAGAUAGAUCUUAGGGUGGAAGACGCUAUCACUGUCUACCUUAACUAACCAUGGAACUUUAUUUUUCAUUCAAGAGUU